AUGUCCAGCGCUGCAGAUGGUGCAAGCGACGGCGGCGACACUGCCUCAACUAAAGGCGCCCCAGCACCAAAGCAGCGUGUGCGGAUUGCUGAUAGCAUGCGCGAGCUGAGCGCGGAUAUACAGCAGCUGGAGGACCUGGGUCUCUCACUCGAUCCUCUGACACCACCGUCUUCAGACAGCGUAGAGCAUAUUCUCAUAACGGAUAGCUGGAGCUGCAGCGUGUGCGGUGCCACCAGUGCUGCUAUCUGCCCCUUUACUGGGAAGCCGCAUCGCAGGCGUCUCGUUACCAUUGCUCAGCACGCUCUCGGACUGAUUGAGCGGCAUGUGGGAAAGGUUUACGUGCGACCAGCACCGCUGUCGCAGCGCGUGGAGGGCGAGGUGCAGGUGCGCACCCAGCGGCGGUUGACCAUGAAUCCGCACACGUUCUUAUUGGCGUUCUACUUUGCGUCGCAGGCACCAGCUACUCCAGAGGCUGCAGGCGCUGAGGCUCGGACGCCGCCGUGUUCGCGAAAGCCUGGUGCAUUCAGCAGCCGUGGAGGCUCCGAGUGGACGAGAGAGUGUGCACGUCACCUGCUCGAUGUCGUUCGUGAGAUAAAGGUGUACGGUGCGUCUCCAACGGACGACGUGUACUGCCACUCGCUGCUGAAGUCUAUGCGGAGUGCGUGGCGGCAGUAUUCACGACAGGUUAAGUGGGAGCUGGCGGAAGGUAGCGCUAGCGAGUCGGAGUCUCCGACGGCACGGUUGAGCGGUGAAAGCACGCAAGCCUCGCCGCCUAAAGCCGUGAAGGCUCGUGACGAGCUCGUGAACUGCACCCGCCAGACUCUGAUGGAAGCGAUGGCGCACUCCCGCAAAGAUUCUGACAACCAGGACCUAAAGAGGUUUACCGCGCUUCUCUAUCAGCGACUCUCCCGGCUCUGCACCGCCGACGAGUUCGCCGAUGUCAAGCGGCGCGUCGAGCAAAUCGAGGCGACUGACUCCACGCCGCGGAUCGAGUACACCACACCUCCUUGUGUAAUGCUCGACACGAACACAACAGCAUCCGAAGACGAGGGUGGCGGCACGGCUGCAUCGUUGGUACGAUCUUCCACACCUGGGGGUGCUGCGACGCCUGGUUACGAGCGCCGGCAUGCUGGACCGGAACUGCCUCCUGGGUGGUAUGUCGAUGAACGGGGUAUAUCACGGCCGCCGGCAGACCACGAAGAGCGCAAGCGGCGCGAGCGUUAUCUCCAGAAGGAGUUCAAGGCGCAAAAAGCAUAUGAGGCGGUCAUGCAGAUAGAGACGGACAAGGGCAAGCCAGAGCAGCUACAGGCGGAGGUUGUCGCAGCCCUUACCCAGGCUGAGCUGCAACUGCUCUCCACGGACCUCAACACGACACCGCCGAGGCUGCAGCGUCUCUUUCGUCUCCUGACGUUUGUGGAGGACCGCUUCGUGGAGGCGUUGCCCUCCCGCCUGCGUCCGCGCCUGCGGCAGGAGUUUCACGAUGUGCUGGACUGGAAUGCCAUUCAGCGCCAAGCUUGCGGAAACGCGCGCUACAUCUCCAACUUGGUCCGGUUCGUUGGUGAAAAAGUGAUUGAAUGCAGCUCUCCAGCGCGUGAGGCCACCAUGGCAGCCCGCAUGACUACUGUGUGUGGUGACAUCGAGCACUGCACGCCUGACGUGGGCACCGCCGUGGCGAACGCGUUUGCUUUUUUGGUUGAAGCAAUUCGCGAACUGCGAGAGGACGUUGCGAAGUUCUCCCUUGUAAUGAUUAACACAUCACUGAAGCAGAACGCCGUGCAGUACAUUCAAGAGUUCAUUACUGAGUGCUUGCCGCUGCCGCGCAAGUGGGCUGGUUCGAUCGCCUUUCUGCGGCGCUUCAUCAACGAUGAACGGGUGCUGUUGUGGUCCUCGACGAGUGUGCCUCAGGCAUGGAUAUCCAUCACGCCGGGGGAGCGACGGGUGCGCGGUGCGCUGCUGGUCGGGACUCUGAGCUUGUUGCGCAGUGGCCAGCACACGAGUCUCGAUCGCUGGGUGGACCUUCCACCGGAGAUCUUCUACUUCGAGAAGUCCAUCAUCUUCAAAGCAGCCAAUACGGUGCAGGAAUGCACACUGCUACUGUUGCUGGAUGGCGCAAUCUCGAGUGUGCUGGCGCGCCGUGGGAUCAAGGCGGCGACGGUGUCGGGCGUCAUUCGUCAUCUGCACAGUCAAAUUAUGUCGCUUCUAGCCGAGGAUAUCCGUCUCAAUGCACUCAAGGAUUCAGUGAUCGACUUCGUCGAGAGUCAGCUGUACCACUUACAUUUCGGAGAAGCAGCGCACGAUGGCGAGGACUCACUUGUGGCGCUUGCCCAGAAAGUUACCCUCACAGACACCGAGAGGCAGACAAUGCGGUCGACCAUUGACAAGAUGACCAACACCGAGGACCCGCUCUACGUCACUUUUGAGCGUCGUGUGCUUCAGUUCAUGGAGACUGUGCUGCUGAAGAACAGCAGCGAUGUGGCGCCUCUUGGAUUGGUGACAGACACGCUGAAGCAGCAAGUGCAACUACUGCAACACAUGCUGGUGUUCCACUGGGAGGUGUACAUGCCGUCGUACCGUGAAUUGCUCCCGUUGUUGUCGCUUGAGUCAGUGGCUGCAGCGACGUGA